AUGCAGAAGAAACCGAUUACACUGGUAUUAAUAGUAUUAGUUUUUUCCUUUGCUGUUGGAAUUAACAGCGAUGAUAGCAAUAACGAUGAUGAUGGUCCUCCAAAAAGAUAUGAUGGAUAUUCUGUACUUCGUGUCACACCAUACAAUGAAAAAACUCUGAGAUUCCUUCAAGAUCUUUAUAAUGAAGAAAAAGUAGAUUUUUGGACUCAGCCCAGAAUGGUACGAAAACCAGUAGAUUUAAUGAUUCCUCCUAACAAAUUUCAAGAGUUUAAUCAAAGUUUCAUUGCAAAUAAAGUUGAUUUUUCUCUGCUUACUAAUGAUGUACAGAGAUUAAUCGACGAAGAGAAUAAAUUCUUAAACAGCCCUGAACCAGAACAUCAGGAAAGAUCCUUACUUGACUUUUUUAGAAAAUAUCACAAUUCGGAAGAAGUAAGUAAUAACACUAUAAAAUCGUACACANACCUCCAAGGUCCAUAA